AUGAAAAUUACUGCUUCUUUUGAAUAGUGUGACAAAUUGUCCAAAAAUGACUUUGAACUUUGUUUGAAAGUGAAUUGUGAAUAAGAAUGGAGUGAUCAAUAUAUUGUUUUCAACUUGGGUUUUUCUCUUAGCUGACUAAUAAAAAUCGAUAGAACUUAAUAGAACCGCGACAUUUAUUGUGUGCGCUACGGCAUGGCGCUUAAGGGCAUCUCGUUCAUGCAUAAGUUAGCUGGUGCCUCAAAGUUCAAUUUCAGGAAUAUUUACACCUCAAUAUCCCUGUUAAAAGACUACUACAAUAUACUAGGAGUCAGUAAAUCAGCUAGUCAGUCUGAAAUAAAGAAAGCUUAUUAUCAGCUAGCCAAAAAGUACCAUCCAGAUGUUAAUAAGAAUGACAAGUCGGCGGCACAAAAGUUCCAGGAAGUUAGUGAGGCAUAUGAAGUUCUAGGAGAUGAAAAUAAGCGAAGCCAGUAUGACAAGUUCGGGUCAGCGUCAACGCAAAACAACUUUGGAGGUGGCCAGUCACAAGGUUUCGAGUUUCACUCUAACAUAAACCCUGAGGAAUUGUUCCGGCGUAUAUUUCGUGAUAGUGAAUUCGUCUUUAACGAAUGGUCUACUGGUGAUAAAGGCUUUGCAGAAUCAAUAUUUGGAUCCGAUGCAACUAAGGAGAUUCCUGUUAAUCUCACUUUUGAACAGGCUGCUCGCGGUGUAAAUAAAGAGAUCAGUGUCAAUAUGGUGACUAAUUGCCCACACUGUCAAGGUUCACGUGCUGAACCUGGGACAGAUAAGUCCACUUGCCCAAGUUGUCGUGGAACAGGAACUGAGAACAUGAAUACUGGACCGUUUUUGCUCCGAAGUGUUUGUAGGCGAUGCCAUGGCACCGGCACCAUCAUUCGACAUCCUUGUCGAGAAUGCGAGGGUAAAGGUAGGAUUGUCGGACGUAAACGAGUCAAUGUAUCCAUCCCUGCAGGGGUAGAAGACGGUCAAGUUUUGCGAAUGUCUGUUGGUAAUGACGGUCUGCAUAAUAACGAAAUAUUUCUGCAAAUUCGUGUGGAGAAAAGUCGCUAUUUUCGUCGUGAAGGUGCAGACAUACAUUCAGACAUCACGGUUUCACUUUCCCAAGCUGCUUUAGGUGGUAAAAUACGCGUACAGGGAAUUUAUGAAAAUAUGCUAGUCACUAUUCCGGCUGGAUCAUGCAGUAAUGAUAGAAUUCGGUUGCCAGGUAAAGGGAUUAGUCGAAUCAAUGGAUAUGGAUAUGGGGAUCAUUAUAUACAUAUUCAUAUUCAAGCUCCUAAGAAACUAACUGAUCUUCAACGCGCGCUUCUCCUAGCCUAUGCCGAGACAGAAAAUAACGUGACUGGUUCAGUUGAAGGCGUAACGUCGACCGACAAACGCCAUGAUAAAACAAGUCUUCGCCAACUAUACGGAAACUUACGAGACACGUUUGGCCGAAACUGGGAAACACAAUCGAGAGAAACGUCUGACUUGCAUUCGAACAAUCAGGUUGAUAGUAGGGAGGAGACGGAAUCAUCCGGUGUUUUGGGUCGAAUAACUAACGGUCUCAAAUGGUUAUGUGAUACGACCUUAAAGAGUUUGAGAAAAUAGAUGGUAAGCGUGCCAUAGACACUACACCGGGCUUUAUUCUCUCUCGUAUUCGACUAGCUAUUCAAGAUCCAAAUGAACCUCAAGAAGAAGCCAAGUCUCAAGAAAUUGAUUCAGAUACUGUAGUGAAAAAUUCUAGUAAAGAUUGUGUGUAGUAGUUUUUUGCAAAUUCAUCUUUUCAUCUAUAAUUACAUCGAAUUCUCCUUGGUUAUCAUGCUUUAGGCAGUAUUCAUUCGUGACCCACUUUUAUUUGCAAUUUUUUGUACAUCUGUAAUAUAUAUUAUAGUGCCAAAUAUCUGAUAUUCUGUUUUUAUUUUUUUGUUUCAUUUUGAAUUACCUGCUGAUUAUUGUUUGAAUUAAUGUUUAGUUCGUGAAUAUGCAGUAAAACAUCAGUUUUUGUUUGAGAAUAUGCUUUCUAGAUUAACUGUCAUUUUCGGUGUGCUUAUAUACACAUUUUGAUCAAAUGUUUUAUGAUAGUGAGAUUGUAAAGAAAUGAAACACUUCUUUAACCAUUAGUUGCGUCAUUUUGUAAUUCCAAAACUUCUGAGAGUUGAUGUUCUUAUUAAAAUGCAUUUCUAACAGUUCUACUAUACAUAAUGUUUACCUAUUUAGAUAUGCAUUUUUGAAUCAUCCCUAACCGAAAUUUAUAAAUUAAUUUUAUCAUUAAUACAUUCACGUUAAAUUGCUUCAGAUGUUGUAAGACUACGUAAUUAAAGCUCAUGUCAUGAAAAGCCAUGGAAUAAUACAACUCCAG